CACCCCAUGGACGCGUACGCGUGCUGUGCGCGUACGCGUCGGUGCUGGUUUAUGCAAAGACAGUUCAACUUCUCCUGGAAUUGAAAUCAGAUGGAAAUAAGUAUCCUCCAGCUCUGGAUCCUGUGAAAGAUCUUAAGCUGAGAGAUGUGAUACUUGUGCAAACAUACCACAAGUGGACUAAGUUGUUAGAAAAGAUGUCUCAGAAUCCGUGUCAUGGGUGUAUAAAAUUGGAAGAGCACCUAAAGUUAGCUAAAGAGAUGAAGAAGCACAAAGAAGAAGUACAUGCUCUUCAGUUUCAAAUUUCUGAUGAUGCACUUCAACAGAUGCCUGACUUUCAGGGCCGGAUAGAUGUGCUGAAGGAAAUUGGAUGUAUUGAUGAAGACCUUGUUGUUCAAAUGAAAGGACGUGUCGCCUGUGAGAUGAAUUCUGGGGAGGAGUUGAUUUGCACCGAGUGCUUGUUUGAGAACCAACUGGAUGAUCUUGAACCAGAAGAAGCGGUGGCAUUAAUGUCUGCUUUUGUAUUCCAGCAGAAGAACACAUCUGACCCUUCACUCACACCGACACUGGCCAAAGCAAGACAAAGAUUGUACAAUACAGCAAUAAGGCUUGGGAAACUUCAAGCUCACUUCCAUCUGCCGGUAAACCCGGAGGAGUAUGCCCAAGAAAAUCUCAAAUUUGGUCUCGUUGAAGUGGUUUAUGAAUGGGCUAAGGGUACUCCGUUUGCCGAUAUCUGUGAACUUACAGAUGUUCCUGAAGGUCUGAUAGUAAGGACAAUUGUCAGGUUGGAUGAGACCUGCUGCGAGUUCAAAAACUCUGCCGCUAUUAUGGGGAAUUCUGCUCUCUGCAAAAAAAUGGAGAUAGCUUCUAAUGCAAUAAAGCGUGACAUUGUAUUUGCAGCUAGCUUGUAUAUUACAGGCGUAUGAUCAUUAUUGAAAAUGUUAAUGUUAGGUUUAGUAAUGCUUGUACAUAAUGAAUUCAUAGCAAUUCUUGUAGCUCCUUUUGUAAAAACCUUACCACUUCUUUUACCCCUUCCUGUCUCUUACUCUUAAUGAAUCCUUAUUUAUGAUUUCAGGAUAAGAUGCUUGCUAUACAAAAUAUUUAAACAAAA